CAGGCCAAGCUUAGCUUUUAACGGUGGGUUACAUCUCAUCUAUUGCAAAAACAAUAUAAAGGGUACAAGUUCAUGCGCUGACGUCGACCUGCUCCAGCCGCUAGCUGUGACAGGCUAACUUGCGAAUGCUCAGCCUCAUGCGUUCCCGUUUCCGUUCCCCUUCUACCUAAUUUAUCGGAUCGUGAUACAUCGCUCGUUGUAACUACCUAAACACUACUCGAGGAAAAUAGGAUCUUGUUUGUCCUAGAACAUCUCUAACAGCUAGAGAGAGAGAGAAACGAAAGGAAAAGAAGACGAAGAAAAAAAAAACAAUUUACAAGACCCCGCGGUCGCCUUCAUUUAGCUCAACUUGUCUACGACCCCGCCAAUUGCACAACAAGCUUACCGAGAUCGAGUUCCACCAGGUUUCAUUAUACCACAUUUACCACGCUUGACACACCAUCACCAUGGCUGCCGUGCCAUUCAGGGUGAAGGCCAUUUACGAGUAUACCUCGAAUCACGAGGACGAUCUACAUUUUUCAACUGGCCAAAUCAUAACUGUUACCGACGAUGAGGAUGCUGACUGGUACGGCGGUGAAUAUGUUGACGAUUUGGGAGUGAAGCAAGAGGGAAUAUUUCCCCGAAACUUCGUGGAGAAGUAUGAACCAACUGCCCCGCCACGUCCAACAAGAACCCGUAAGAAGGAUGCAGAGCCUGCUGCUCCUUCUUCCCCUCCGCCGCCACCAACAGCUGCUCCAUACUCUCCACCGCCUGUGGAGGAACAAGCGGAUAUACCAUCAGAAGCAGCCUACGAAGAACCACGUGUUACUUCACCGCCGAUUCCAGUUCCCGCUCCCCGCUCUCCUCCGGCCCCUGUUGCUCCUGUAGCUAAGCCGCCAGACUCGGCUCCCAUCCCGGCUCCCGUCCCUGUCCAACCUAAAAUUCCUGAGCCGACAAGUCCCCGUGUUGCUCCUCCAUCGGCGUCGAAGCCUCCGGUUCCGGCCGCCGCUCGGGCUGCAUCUCCGGCAUCUGACAAGCCUGGCGGUAGCUCUUUUAGAGACCGUAUAGCAGCUUUCAACAAACCAGCUGCUCCCCCAGUUGCUCCUUUCAAACCCAGCAGUCUCAGUUCCGGUAGCUCCGGCUUUAUCAAGAAACCAUUUGUUGCUCCUCCGCCUAGCAGGAAUGCAUAUGUUCCUCCGCCUCGCGAUUUGCCUACCGCUAAAGUCUAUCGGCGAGAUGAGGAUCCCGAGAUCAAAGCUGCAGAGGCAGAAUCUCUAGAAAAUGCGGAGAAGGCCGGGCUCGUUCCAACCGGGACUUCCGAAGGCCAAGACGAAGAACAACCCAAACCAACUAGCUUGAAGGAGCGAAUUGCCUUACUCCAGAAGCAGCAGGCCGAAGCUGCACAACGUCAUGCCGAGGCCGUUGCGAAAAAGGAGAAGCCUAAACGUCCCCAGAAGAAGCGUACUGAGAGUGAGGAAGGAGCCCUAGCAGACGAAGCAGAAGCAUCGGUUCCUUUGGAGAGAAUGGAUACGGCUGAGAUUGCUAGCAAGAAGUCUAUGGAUGAGCCUAGACCUCCACGACAGUCAAUAAGUUCUCGGCGAAGGUCUUCUGUAGCACGCCCCGAGAAUGAUGGAAACGAGGCGGACAUGUCGGGCGCGGGAGACACAACAGAGGGACAAGAAGAUCUCACUGAGAAAGAGGAUAGUGACGAAAAAUCUCGUCCUCAUAGAGGAACCACUGAGCCCGAGAUUCCGGAAGAUCGGGAGGAAGAAGAGGAAGAGGAAGAGGACAUCGACCCUGAAGUCAGGCGAAAGGAGGAGCUCCGUGCCAGGAUGGCGAAGAUGAGCGGUGGCAUGGGCUUCCCCGGUAUGUUCGGUCCUCCCGCGAUGAUGCCCUUCGGUGGCCCGAUGAUACCGAAGAAGCCUAAAGCUUCACCACCAUCGGAGCGCCGUUCGAGCGAAAUUCAAGACAGGCCUUCGUCGCCUAGAAUGUCUGCUCCCCCGGUUCCGGUUAUGGUGCCUCUUCCUGGCAUGGGGAAACCCAAGCAGGAAGUGGAAGAAGCUGCCGAGCCCGAUCAUGAUGAGCCAGGCGGGCAAGACACUACACCGGUUGUCAGUGCCCAGCCGACCGGUUCAGCUCCAGCACCUCUGUCAGAUACACCUAGUAUUCCACCUCCCGUCCCUGGAGGACGACCCGCACCGCCCCCGGUGCCUACAGAUUCUCGACCCCUUCCUACUGGAGUAAUUUCACCCAGCCAAGGCUCCGAAUCCGAUGAUGAAUUAUCCGAGAGCGCCCAGAGGGCUCUAGAAACUCCUCAGAGCGAGGUUCCUCCUGCAAGUCGAGUUCCCCCAGCUUCCAUGACCUCUCCCACAAUACCAACUUCACCGCGGGUUCCUAAUCGGAGGACCUCCUAUAUUGGCGAGGAAGCUUCACCAGCUUCUCCACCACUACCAAAUAAGAGAAAUAGUCGUCCGCCGCCUCCUAUACCGAGCGGUGCUCCGCCUCCACUUACUCAAAGCCGCCCCCCUCCCCCUCCCCCCCCUGGCGGUCCCCUAAGCCGUUCUUCUACAGCUGACGAGCGAAUUGCACUUCCAAUGCGGCCUGGAGCUCUGGACAAUGGUGAAGAAGGUGAAUUAACCGAAUACGAAGGCGAUUACGACACUGAUAUUGCGUCUUCGGUUCCUCAUAAGGAUGCGCUCAAGUCGCAUGCCCGUGAUUCCAGCUUCGAUGAUAGCACCCCAGUCCGUUCACCGGUAACCGAUGUUCCACCGUCGUUACCUCCUCCGGUCCCUAGCGCCACCGCUCCGAAAGCUGGCCCUCCCCCAGUUCCUAGCCAACCCCCGCCAGGAUCCAGAGGUUCUAUCGACGUGCCUCGGGCCGCUCCUCCGCCUCCUCCUCCCAAAGAGGCAUCCUAUAACGAUGAUGAUUAUGAUCCUUUCAAUUAUACCGCCGCCCAAAGUAGCUCUGCUACAGCUCCCCAUGUUCUAGGCACUCAUGACGCAACACCUCAGUCCUCUUCCGCGUAUAAUUCGCCGCAAUUGCCUCCACCAGUCACCCGAGGGCCCCCACCAGCACCUCCAGUCAAUAGGGCACCAGCUCGAACAUCAUUAGACGUGCAAAGACCAGGUGGAAGACGAUCAGUCGACUUGUCCCGACCGUCAAUGGAAACGGGCUACGUGGCAAAUGAGGUAGAUCUGGCUGGCCAUACCCAAUGGUGGCUUACGCCAAACGGACUUCCUCCGGUGUUUCAAGGUAGACAAGAUAUUUAUACCGAAAGCGAUGAGUCAACCUCUGGGACGUCAGUCACCAAAGAGGUGUUCAUCCUCUUCCAAGAUUACUCGCAAACCGUUGUUACCGUCCGUUUCGAUAGCCAAAAUCCCGCAGACUACCAGCUUGAACAACGCCAUGAACCACCUCCUCGAAGUCUUCGUCAAGAUGAGUUGGAAGAAGCGUAUGAACGAUUUGGCCGAGCACUGUCCAGUGCCGUUGCGAGUAGGAAGGAUUCAGUCAUCGGCGAUGGAUCUCCGACGGCGCUCAUUCUCGAACUUCUCAAACCUCUAAAAGAUGCCCUGCUUCCCGUCGGAAGGCGCGCUUAUGGUGCCUUGGUCUACGCAAAUUUAGCUAAUGCAUCGACACAACAGAACGACGAGAUUAGACCAGGAGAUAUCAUCUCCAUCCGCAAUGCCAAGUUUCAAGGCAAGCAUGGGCCCAUGCACGCCAAAUACACUAUGGAAGUGGGCAAACCGGACCACGUGGCGAUCGUCGCAGAGUGGGACGGUACCAAAAAGAAGGUUAGGGCGUGGGAGCAGGGUCGCGAAAGCAAGAAAGUAAAACAAGAGAGUUUCAAGUUGGAGGAUCUCAGAAGUGGCGAGGUGAAGAUCUGGCGGGUGAUGCCGCGUAGCUGGAUCGGGUGGAGCUCAGACUAGCGGUCUCGACGACCGUCCUAUGAAUACAUGUGGCCGAUACUCAUGAGGGUCGGUACAGAUGGGAGGGUCAGCGUGGAUAGCCCCAUG